AUGCAAGAUGUGCUUGAACAGGCUUCUGUGUUCAUCGAAUCCACCCAACACCGGCAUCAGGCUGCGGAUGCAUCAAUUCCCCUUAACCUUCAAAAGUUAAACUUGGGUCGCCGAUCAACGGGAAACAACCGGGAAGGAGAUAAACGCUACCGACGAAGUUUAGAUGAGGAAUCGCGGCGUCCCAGUAGCCCUGCACGACAUCGAUCUCAGGAGGGCCGAGGACUAUUCUUAGGACCCAACGGAGCAAAAAACUGGAGAGAAUCCCCGCUCAAUAAUGACAAGCAAGCUUGGGAUGAAAAUGAGAGCCCGCGCCACCCGUCAGCACGGACGUCCAAUUCACAAGCAUCCAAUCCUCUGUACAAGACGAGACUCUGCGAGAGAUAUGAGACUGAAGCCCAUUGUCCUUACGGGAACCGAUGCACUUUCGCGCACGGCACGGUAGAGUUACGAGAACGUCCUCUGGUGAACGAUGAAGUCGACAAGAAAGACGGCCCUGGAAGUCCGCUGUAUAAAACGCGGCUUUGCGAACGAUUUGUUAAAGAGGGAUUCUGUCAGUACGGUCCACGUUGCAACUUUGCGCACAGUGAGCUUCGGGAACGACCCAACCAUGCCCGAGAAGGUGAGAAGGACAACAUUCAAAAGGAACCAAUACAGCAGGCACCUGCACCUCUUAAGACCAAAGCAAACGGCGAUGUAUCACACACUGCAACGCGCAGCAGAACCGCGCCUUCAACCGAACCUCAUCCGGAUACGCCGGCCAAGGUCGAAGUGAUCAACAAUACCAAGGCACCGAUCACGGCAUCAUCCACCCCUCCUACUCCCACCUCCCGCGGGCAUCUCCGAGACAAGUCUUCGUUGAAGGAUCUCUUAAGUGGUGAUGAUAAAAGCAAACCUUGGAUGCGCAUUGUCGAACUCUCCGACGAAGAAAGAGGAAAUCUAAACAACAGCAGCCCCCACCCUCCACCACCGCCACGUGCCCCACUUCAUCCAGCUGACGAAAAAGCGAACCUCCUCGAAGAGAAGCUUUCGCAAGAACUUGCUCGCUUCAUUAACCCCGGCCGCCUUAGCGUCAACGAAGAAAUCAAAGAAGUCACACGCAUGGAGUUCAAGCAUGAUCUGAGCAAGCGGCAAGUCUUUGCUGUAUUGUUGGGAGCGCUAUUACUUGAUAGCACAUACGAGAGUGCAAAGAUUGUAAACAGGGUCAAGCUCUUUCAACAGUUCAUACGCAGUCGUCAGGAUCAAGUGGCAUUUCUCAAGGUCUGGGAAAAGCAGGUCCUGAGGACCAGGGGAUUAUUAUCCAAAGUACCGCUCAUAUGCAAAGACCUUUAUGACACGGAUUUGGUGGAGGAAGACACAUUUUUGGAAUGGUACAGGGGCAUCGGAUCUGAUGAAUUGAAGAAGAAAGCGGCACCGUUUGUGUUGUGGUUGCAAACCGCUGAAGAAGAAGAAGAGGAUUAG